CACUGUUUCCAUCGGCUUUGCUUGCUUGUUGCUUUUUAUUCUGCCGGCGCCUGCAUUUGAUAAUUUAAUUUAGAACCACCAAUUAACCGGACUGCACUCAACAUGUCGGAACAGUGGGAGGUGGUCUCCAAGUCGCGCAAGCAAAAGAAUCUGGACAAAAAGGUGAUCGCGCACACGGAACAAAAGCGGAUUGCAGCCCAGUUACCGAAACUCGAGGAGCUAUUGCCAACUCAGCGGUACCGCAAUUUGUUCGGCUCCAGCGGCAAUAACAACAACAAGUCCCAUUCCCCUGCAAAAUCUAGUUCAAGUACCUCGUCUUCCUCGAAAACCAAUAAAUCGCCAGUGAAGAAGAACCUCACGAAGAAUGCUGGUGCCUUGGUUCCGAAAAAGUCAACGUCGUCAUCCGUGGCAAAGCCGAAGACCUUGGAGCAGGCCCUAAGGAACAUCACCCGGGAUGACUUUGCUGCCCAACUGGAGCAGGUGAAGCUCAGUUGUCCUGGAUCCGAGCUGCGGUGGCUGAGUCAUAUUGCUCUCUACUUUAAUGGCGCCCUGUCCUACGAGUGCGAUCCCAUCUUCUCCGGCCGCUCGGCUCAGUAUCCAAGCAACUUGGCCAGUGCCUCGCUCAAGUACUCGAUUGUGGAGUUCCUGGGCAGCGUGGGCGAGCAGAAUCUGGAGUACUUCUUCUACUCCCUGCUGGACAGCAUGGCCACGGAUUUGAACAACAACCAGACGGUGGCCGGUUACAAGCUGAUCCUGCAGUUGAUCGGUCAAAAUUGGCCGAGCAUUUGCUCCCGGAACCUGGCCAAGACUGCGCUGCUGCGGAAUUCCUACCAAAAUCGCAGCAACAUAUGCCUGAGCAUCCUGUGGGCCAUUGGCCAGGGCGGCUACCAGUCGCUAAACGAGGGCGUAAGAGUGUGGCAGAACCUGAUGCUGCCCAACCUGGAGCUGAAGCAGUACACCAAGUUUGUGGUGGAGUACAUGGAGCGGGCUCUGAGUGCGGCGGCAGCUAAGAAACCUGUGGACCCGUUGCAGCUGAACCAGCAGGAGUUCUUUGCCACCUACAAUGCCCUGAAUGCGCCUUACAACAACCUGCAGAAGGAGUGGCAACAAAGUCUGAAGCGGAGCGCGCUUUUGCUGCUUCAAAACUAUAUUGAUAGUCCCGUGAAGCAUGCCAAUAUAUUCCUGACGCUCUUCCGCGAAAUCAGCGGAAAUUCCAAGCAGAAUAACGAGAUCGAAGGCUGUAUUAGUUGCCUGCUUAGCAGCGGUCGGGAUGAUUGCCUGAGGGUGUGGCGCAUGAACUACAAAAAGCAACAGUUGCCUAGUCUAUUGCUACUAAAAGCUAUAGACGAAAAUUGGACGACGUCUACCCACGAAUUGGCUACGUCGUCCGUAUUUCACUCUUUUCUACAAGAUGUGGAUAACCUUAACGACGAACUUCAAGCGAGCAAGCGAAAAGAAGGCAGCUUAGAGGGCUUGAAAGAAGUUUUGCUGAGCGUCCAGGAGAAGAGCAGCGCGCAACAGAAGAAGAACAAACAGAAUGCCGCGGCACAGAAAAAGAAAUGCGGAUGCUGCAAGUGGACGUUGGGCAGCAUUUUCGUCAUCGCCCUGAUCGCCGGAGCUCUGUUCUACGACACCGAGGUGAACGGCAAGGGAGUGUUUGAGAAAUCUGCCACUGGCAAGGUGCUGAAGAACGCCGGAGUGCUGCCUCAUGUCCAGAAAACCUGGUACACGGUCAUGGGAGCCGGAGCCCGGGGCUACAAGUGGGCGGAGGUGAAUGUUCCGCCGUACGCGGAACCGGCGAUCAAGACCACCGGCGACCUGUGGAAGCUGGCGAGGAAUGCUGCCUGCAACGUCUACCAGAACGGCAAGGGUUACUUCGGCGCCAAGUGGCCCGUCGUGGCCAAAUUCAUUGACCAAUACGUGCCCAAUUUGUCUGGCAAGAUCGAAGCCUUUGCUGCGGGCGUGAGCGAUUUUGCCGUCAGCAGCUACGACAAGUCUGCCGCGCUUAUCAAGGAAAAGGUGCUUGUUGGCCGUCUGUCUCCCGAGAACAUCAAUCAGGCGCUGAACCAGACGCGUAAUGCCGCUCUGGAGUACUACAACCAGUUUCACAAAAAGGUCGACGCAUACGCCAAGCUCAAAUGAUUCUAAGCGUCAGGCACGCUUACCUCUCGAACAGCAACAUCAUCAGCAGCUGCAGCAGAAACCAACAUAAAAACGCGUCAUAGUAAAUAGUGAAGGAAACCCUAAUUUUUCGCAAUUAGUUAAAAAAAAACAGAAAAUGUUUUAUCAGUCGAAACUCAAGAAGCCAUUCACAUUCAUUAACAACAACUUCUCGUCAAGUCUAAUUAAGAAAAAGCAAUACGAGCAAAUCUUUGUGGAUGCCGACAAUGUACACUAACAACCUAGUAAAUUCAACCUCUAUACUGAUAAAUUAGUUAAAAAUUCUGUUGUACAACAUGUGUUUAAACAUUUUUCUCCGAGAAGAGAAACAAUUUUUUAAAUUUGUUUACAACGGUUUGAGAGUUUUGUAAAAAUUUCGAAAAUCAACAGCUACGAAUCUUGUAAUUGUAAUUAUUUAAGUGCGUUUUUUGUGGCGAUGCGCGAAGUGUUAACUUAAUUAUGAUAACUGAACUUAACAAUUCCAACUGCAUUUUGAAAGCAAACAAUAGAUUCAAAUAUUUUUAUACUUUUACUCAUAGUUUUCUUACUUUUGUGUGUGCAUUUUUCAAGACUCCCCCAACAUUUGCAUUAAAGCGCGAUCUUUUUGAUUCGAUCUAAAAUCUCAUUUGUAGAUUUAAUGGAAUACACGAUUUUGCAUAAAUAAAAUAAAGUUGAAAGAAGUGAAGUACAGAA